AUGGCCUCUGACGUGCCAUCUUUGGCCCUGCCGCCGACCCUCUCGCCCGACAGCCUCGACGCCCUCUCUGAGCUUGCCAUCGUGCUUGCCAAGGUCCGCACCAGCAUCCAGUCUUCGGCCGGCCUCGCGACCGCGGCCACGCCCGGCACCGCCGCUGUCGCCGCGGCCAGCGGUGGCCAGCCGCUUUCCUUCAAAGACGUCCCUGGCGCGACGGAUGCGCUCAAACACAAACUGCAGCACGCCCGCGCAGAGGUCCGCGCCCUCCCCGACAUGGACCGCGGCGUCGACGAGCAGCGCCGCGAAAUGGCGGAGCUCGAGGCGCGCAUCAUCACGCAGCGCGCCCUGCUGGAGCGGCUGCGCGACGACGGUCUGCGCUUCGGCAAGGACGGCGACAAGAUGGAGGAGUAG